GAGGACCAGCGGAGCUGGCCGUGGCGGCGGCAGGAUGUUCUCCAAGAAGCCGCACGGGGACGUGAAGAAGUCCACCCAGAAGGUGCUGGACUCCAAGAAGGACGCGCUGACCCGCCUCAAGCACCUGCGCAUCGUCAUCGGAUUGAUUUUAAAGAAACUCCUUCACACAGGAAACUCCUUAAAGAUUAGGCGGGAAGGUGUUCGUCUUUUCCUCUUAUGGUUGCAAGCUCUUCAAAAUAACUGUAGCAAAGAACAGCUCUGGAUGUUUUCUUGCUUAAUCCCUGGGUUUUCAGCACCACAAUCUGAACUCGGACCUCGAACUUUAGAUAAUCUUAUUAAUCCUCCACUCAACCUUCAAGAAACUCAAGUCACUAUAGAGGAAAUCACUCCUCUUGUCCCCCCACAAUCAGGAGAUAAAGGACAAGAAGACCUCACAAGCUAUUUUCUUGAAGCACUUUUAAAAUAUAUUGUAAUUCAGGUAAAAAGUUUAGAAUGGAAGAACAAAGAAAACCAAGAAAGAGGUUUUUCAUUUUUGUUUUCACAUUUUAAAAAAUAUUAUUUGCCUUACAUUUUUCCAAACAUCUGCAAGGAGAACAGUUUAUAUCAUCCAGUACUUGAUAUUCCACAGAUAAGACCCAAGCCACAUUAUGUCAUGAUAAAGAAGGAUGCUGAAACCAAUGAAGCAAUCUAUUGUACAAAGGAGCCUUUCAUUAAAGCACGAGUUAUUGUCAUUCGUUGGCUGGUUUCUUUCUGGCUAGAACCAAAACCACAUACAGGACCUCAUAUUCCUGGGAUGGAAGGUGAAGUUGUGCCAAAGAAUAUUCAGAGAGCAGCUGCUAGUUUGGUAUCCAGGGAAGAAAACAAAAGUGAUAAUGCCGAUAAAGCAGACAGAAAUACAGAACCAGAACAAUCUCAUUCGAAUACUAGUACUCUCACAGAGCGAGAACCCAGCUCAUCCAGUCUUUGUAGUAUUGAUGAAGAACAUCUCACAGAUAUUGAAAUAGUUCGAAGAGUUUUUUCUUCCAAAAGAAGCAAUGUAAACUUUGUCACAGAGAUAUUUCGCCAGGCAUUUUUAUUACCAAUUUGUGAAGCAGCAGCUAUGAGGAAAGUAGUAAAAGUAUAUCAGGAAUGGAUCCAACAAGAAGAAAAACCUUUGUUUAUGCAAGAGCCUGAAGAAAUUGUGAUCACUUCUUUAGACAUACCUUGCAUUGAAAAUGUCACAGAUCAUGAUCUUUCAGCGGAAGAAGAUGAAAAAAGAGAAGAGGAAAAUGGGACCAGUAUUGCUGAGCAUGUUCGAAAUUCUAAUUGGGCAAAAAAUGGCACUUACCAAGAUGCCUCUGAAGAAGCCACAGAAGAAAACAUUCGAGCUGGUACCCAGGCAGUUUUGCAGGUGUUUAUUAUAAACUCAGCCAACAUAUUUCUUCUUGAACCUGCAAAUGAAAUAAAAAAUCUUCUGGAUGAACAUACUGAUAUGUGUAAACGCAUUCUGAACAUUUAUCGAUACAUGGUUGUACAAGUAUCAAUGGACAAAAAGACUUGGGAACAGAUGCUGCUUGUGUUACUCAGAGUCACGGAGUCUGUACUGAAGAUGUCAUCACAGGCUUUUCUACAGUUCCAGGGGAAAAAAAAUAUGACUUUGGCAGGUCGACUUGCAGGACCACUUUUCCAGACUCUUAUAGUUGCCUGGAUCAAAGCAAAUCUGAAUGUAUAUAUCUCUCGAGAACUCUGGGACGACUUAUUGUCAGUAUUAUCAUCAUUGACUUAUUGGGAAGAAUUGGCCACCGAGUGGUCAUUAACUAUGGAGACACUAACUAAAGUUUUAGCUAGAAAUUUAUAUAGUUUGGAUCUCAGUGAUUUACCAUUGGAUAAGCUGAGUGAACAGAAGCAGAAAAAGCAUAAAGGGAAAGGAGUUGGACAUGAAUUUCAAAAAGUUUCAGUUGACAAGUCAUUUUCUAGAGGAUGGAGUCGUGAUCAACCCAGCCAAGCCCCAAUGAGACAGCGAAGUGCCACAACCACUGGCUCCCCAGGAACUGAAAAGGCAAGGAGUAUAGUGCGGCAAAAAACUGUUGAUAUCGAUGAUGCUCAAAUACUUCCCCGUUCAACUAGAGUCAGACAUUUUUCACAGAGUGAAGACACUGGAAAUGAAGUUUUUGGUGCCUUGAAUGAGGAACAGCCAUUGCCUCGAAGUAGCAGUACUUCUGACAUCUUGGAACCAUUCACAGUUGAACGAGCCAAAGAGGCAGAACAGAAUGCCACCAGAGGCUCCACUGAGGGAUCUGUACAGUCAUGUAAUGGGCUAUUUUGGAAGGAAAGCUGCAGUGAUAUUGGCAGCAGUGCUAAUGUGCCUGAUCUGAUGGAUGAGUUUAUAGCAGAACGACUUCGAAGUGGUAAUGCCUCGACUAUGACAAGAAGAGGAAGUAGUCCAGGCAGCCUCGAAAUUCCCAAAGACCUGCCUGAUAUUCUAAACAAGCAAAAUCAGAUGCGCCCUAUUGAUGACCCAGGAGUGCCCUCGGAAUGGACUUCCCCUGCUAGUGCAGGGAGCAGUGAUCUUAUCAGCUCAGAUAGUCAUUCAGAUUCUUUUAGUGCUUUCCAAUAUGAUGGCCGAAAAUUUGACAACUUUGGGUUUGGAGCUGACACUGGAAUUGCAUCCUCUGCCGAUGUGGACUCAAGUUCUGGUCAUCAUCAGAGCACAGAAGAGCAGGAAGUAGCCAGUUUAACUACACUUCAUAUAGAUUCUGAAACAAGUAGUCUCAACCAACAAGCUUUCUCUGCUGACGUUGCAACAGUUACUGGUUCAGGAAGUGCUUCCCCGGUACAUUCAGCUCUUGGAUCCAGAUCACAGACACCAUCCCCUUCUACACUAAAUAUAGAUCACAUGGAACAGAAAGAUCUACAACUCGAUGAGAAGCUCCAUCACUCUGUUCUUCAGACACCAGAUGAUCUAGAAAUCAGUGAAUUUCCAUCUGAAUGUUGUAGUGUAAUGGCAGGAGGUACUCUCACUGGAUGGCAUGCAGAUGUUGCUACUGUUAUGUGGCGAAGAAUGCUAGGCAUUUUGGGUGAUGUCAAUGCUAUUAUGGAUCCUGAAAUACAUGCUCAAGUUUUUGAUUACCUCUGUGAACUUUGGCAGAACCUAGCCAAGAUCAGAGAUAACCUUGGCAUUUCAACUGAUAACUUGACCUCCCCUUCUCCACCUGUUUUGAUUCCUCCACUAAGAAUUCUUACACCUUGGCUCUUUAAGGCAACCAUGUUGACUGAUAAAUAUAAACAAGGCAAAUUGCAUGCUUAUAAACUUAUUUGUAAUACAAUGAAAAGAAGACAAGAUGUAUCUCCAAACAGAGAUUUUCUAACACAUUUCUACAAUAUAAUGCAUUGUGGAUUGCUACAUGUUGAUCAGGAUAUUGUCAAUACAAUUAUCAAGCACUGUUCACCUCAGUUUUUUUCACUUGGAUUGCCUGGUGCCACAAUGCUUAUUAUGGAUUUUAUUAUAGCAGCUGGUAGAGUGGCCUCGUCAGCUUUUCUCAAUGCACCAAGAGUGGAAGCACAAGUUCUUCUGGGAUCUUUAGUUUGCUUUCCCAAUCUAUAUUUUGAACUGCCUGCUCUCCAUCCCAACAUACCUGAUAUUGCUGUCUCUCAGUUUACAGAUGUUAAGGAACUUAUCAUUAAAACUGUAUUAAGUUCAGCAAGAGAUGAACCCUCUGGUCCUGCACGAUGUGUAGCACUUUGCAGUUUAGGCAUUUGGAUUUGUGAAGAACUAGUCCACGAGUCUCACCAUCCUCAAAUCAAAGAAGCUCUGAAUGUAAUUUGUGUUUCCUUAAAGUUUACUAAUAAAACAGUAGCUCAUGUAGCUUGUAAUAUGCUUCACAUGCUGGUUCAUUACAUACCCAGACUUCAGAUUUACCAGCCUGAUUCUCCCUUGAAAAUUAUUCAGAUCCUGAUAGCCACUAUCACUCAUCUUUUGCCAAGUACAGAAGCUUCAUCUUAUGAAAUGGACAAGAGGUUGGUUGUAUCCUUACUUCUUUGCCUUUUGGACUGGAUUAUGGCAUUACCUCUAAAGACAUUACUCCAACCAAUCCGUGCUGCAGGAACAGAAAAUGAUAAGACAGAAAAAUCAGUCCUUAAUUGCAUUUAUAAGGUUUUACAUGGUUGUGUGUAUGGAGCUCAGUGUUUUAGCAAUCCAAAGUAUUUUCCAAUAAGUCUGUCUGACUUAGCAUCUGUAGAUUAUGAUCCUUUUAUGCAUUUGGAAUGUUUGAAAGAACCUGAACCUCUACAUUCUCCUGAUUCAGAACGCUCUUCUAAACUCCAGCCUGUAACCGAAGUGAAAACUCAAAUGCAACAAGGAUUAAUCUCUAUAGCAGCCCGAACUGUUAUUACCCAUCUGGUAAAUCACUUGGGCCAUUACCCAAUGAGCGGUGGCCCUGCUAUGUUAACAAGUCAGGUAUGUGAAAAUCAUGACAAUCAUUACAGUGAAAGUACUGAGCUGUCUCCUGAACUCUUUGAGAGUCCAAAUAUCCAAUUCUUUGUGUUGAACAACACAACCUUAGUGUCUUGUAUCCAGAUCAGAUCAGAAGAGAGUAUACCUGGAGGUGGUUUAUCUGCUGGACUUGCAUCAGCCAAUUCAAAUGUCAGAAUCAUAGUACGUGAUCUUUCUGGAAAAUACUCAUGGGAUUCUGCAAUACUGUAUGGACCACCUCCUUUAAGCAGCUUCUCAGAACCUACAUCUUUCAUACUUUCAUUGCCUCACCAAGAGAAAUUAGAAGAGUCUCCUACAUCUAAUGAAUGCUUAGAAGAUAUGACAGUAAAAGAUGGAUUUUCUCUCCAGUUUAAAAGGUUUAGAGAAACUGUACCAACUUGGGAUACAAUAAGAGAUGAGGAAGAUGUUCUUGAUGAACUCUUGCAGUAUUUGGGUGUUACUAGUCCUGAAUGCUUACAGAGAACUGGAAUCUCGCUUAAUAUUCCUGCUCCACAACCUGUGUGCAUUUCUGAAAAGCAGGAAAAUGAUGUUAUUAAUGCUAUCCUUAAGCAAUAUACAGAAGAAAAAGAAUUUGUUGAGAAGCACUUUAAUGACUUAAACAUGAAAGCUGUGGAGCAAGAUGAACCAGUACCUCAAAAACCUCAGUCAGCAUUUUAUUAUUGCAGGUUGCUUCUUAGUAUAUUGGGAAUGAAUUCCUGGGACAAAAGGAGGAGCUUUCAUCUCUUGAAAAAAAAUGAAAAGCUACUUAGAGAACUUAGGAAUUUGGAUUCAAGGCAGUGCCGAGAGACCCACAAGAUUGCAGUAUUUUAUGUUGCAGAAGGACAAGAAGACAAACACUCCAUUCUUACCAACACAGGAGGAAGUCAAGCAUAUGAAGAUUUUGUAGCUGGUCUUGGUUGGGAGGUAAAUCUUACAAAUCAUUGUGGUUUUAUGGGAGGACUACAAAAAAACAAAAGCACUGGAUUGACCACUCCAUAUUUUGCUACCUCUACAGUAGAAGUAAUAUUUCAUGUGUCAACAAGAAUGCCUUCAGAUUCUGAUGACUCUUUGACCAAAAAAUUAAGACAUUUAGGAAAUGACGAAGUGCAUAUUGUUUGGUCAGAGCAUACUAGAGACUAUAGGAGAGGAAUUAUCCCUACAGAAUUUGGUGAUGUCCUAAUUAUAAUAUAUCCAAUGAAAAAUCAUAUGUUCAGCAUCCAAAUCAUGAAAAAACCAGAGGUUCCCUUUUUUGGCCCGCUUUUUGAUGGUGCUAUUGUGAAUGGAAAGGUUCUUCCCAUUAUGGUUCGAUCAACAGCUAUAAAUGCAAGCCGUGCUCUGAAAUCACUAAUUCCAUUGUAUCAAAACUUCUAUGAGGAGAGAGCACGAUACUUACAAACAAUUGUCCAGCACCAUUUAGAACCAACAACAUUUGAAGAUUUUGCAGCACAGGUUUUUUCUCCAGCUCCCUACCAUCAUUUACCUUGUGAUGCAGGCUCCUACCCAGAGGUUCUACCCAGUGAAGCUCCCACAGCAACGCAGGUAGAUGGGGCUGACCUGGCCUCUCCAAUGUCUCCUCGAACUAGCAAAAGCCGCAUGUCCAUGAAGCUGCGUCGUUCUUCUGGUUCAGCCAAUAAAUCCUAAGGACACAAGCAGCCUAGCAAUCAUCAGCAGCUAGCCACUUUAGUCCAAACAUAGCAUUAACUCUUUCAGGCCUUCAUGUCUGCCAAAUAUGCAUGUUCUUUCCUGUACAUUUGAGAAAACACUGGACUUAAAAUAAUUUGUAACUUAAUAUUUUAGGUUUGGGCUAUUUGAUCAGUUCUCCCCCCACCCAUGCUGCAAGCUGUCAUAUCCUGAGGGGGUAGAGUUUUAAUCUAUACUCACUACCUGCCCAGAGAAUUAUGUCUAAGUAGUUUUACCUUUAAUUUCAUGAUUAAUGUUGAGCCAAAGCAUAAUUGGACAGAUAGUUUCAUUUUAUUUAUUGUGCCCCAUUGCAGCUUCAUUGCUCAAUAAAUACAAAUCUUUUGCAAAUGCAAACUUUUUUUGUGGUGCUGGGGAUCAAAGUUGGGUCUCAAGCAUGCUAGGCAAUCACUCUACUAUUGAGCUAUAUCCCAUCCUUACAAAUGUAAAAUUAAGUUUAAACAUUUAUACAGUUAGAACAACAUUAGCCUGUUACAAACCUGUUAAUUCACAGGGUGUGUAUAGAUUAUUUAUGUUAUAAAAUAUUCAGUAUAUGGUCAUGUAUCUCAAAUUCCAACCUAAAUGAUUUUAGCAUUUACUACUUUCUAAGGCAGUGUUUCAUUUUUUGGCUGUGUAACACCAUGACAUAGCCAAUAAUGAGAAAAAUCACUACUGAAAUUUGAUUUCUGUUUAGCUUCCAAACACUUUUCCAAUGUUCUGCUUUUUAAGUGGUAUCACCAGUAUAUGCUAUUUGUUUUGAGGUUUUGGCCCUUUGUUGUUGUAGAUCUUGGUAUAUCUAUGUUCUUUCUUCAGUACCAAAAAACAAGUGGUGUGCAGGAGGAAAAUACUUUUCUGAUAUAAAUAUUAUCUCAAAUUAUGUGUAUUAUUAAAAAGAAAAGAGAAUGUGACCUAGAAAUCUUAAGUUAAAUCUAAUACUGUUAAUAAUAAAGUCACAGGUGCAAGUUGGUGUACACUCCACCCUCCAAAAGUGUUUUCCUAUAGCAGAUCAGCUGCUUACAUUCUGUUUUGGAUGGCCAUCUUGUAAGGAAAUGUAGCAUGACAUUGGUACCAACUGCAUGUGUAAAUACAUCAUACUGGCACCCGUAGCAUAUAAAUUAUGUAUUCAUGUAGUGUCUACAAAUUUGUAAUGGGGGAGAUUUAAAAAGAUGACAUGGUGUUUAACAACACAAUAAAAAUAUUCUUAUCACUCGCUCUCCA